CUAGUCCUCUAGUCAGUCAGUCAGUCUUUUACAGUUGCCGGCUUCACAGCUUAGCUUAGCUCAGAGAUCAUCGCAACAUUCUUGUUUGUCUCUCACACCCGGGGGCUUCUUGUCGUCUGCCGUGCGAUAAAAUUCCACCCGCCUUUGGCCACUGCAGACGACCAGCGGCUCUGACACUCCUUGCUCUGACACUUUGUGUUUGACACUGUGCAGCGGACACUUAGUGCUUGUGAUUUUACACUCGUUGAUUGUACUUUACGUGCGUGAACACUUCACCAGGAAUAACAAGAACACAACUGCAUCUGCUGUCUGAAGCAAAUUGAUUCAAAGCAUACACCACAAGGCCUCAUUACGAUUUCUGAGCACUUUGGGGCGGUCGGACGGAGUGGAUACAUGCCAGUGAUAAGCACCUAACCAACGGCAGUGCAGAGGAAUGAGGGGCGUAUGAUGCCCGAUCGAUCUGUGGCGGUCCGCCUGCUCCUCUGCACCUGGCUGGCUGCCGCGCUCCCACCACCCAACACCAACAAUCAACACCCAACACACCAAGAGAGGAAGUUUGGAGGAUACAGAAUUGUGCCAAAGCCAUGCAAGGACACAACAUCAACGUCCGAGGUGGGAGGCAAGGCGAAGACGAAGAGCCAAGGUGAAGGCGUGUGCAUGUUCAACUAUGAGUGUGCCCAACGUGAGGGCACUGUCAUUGGAUCAUGUAUGGAUGGUUUCCUUUUUGGUGCCUGCUGUCGCCUUCCUCCAGGAGUCGCCAUAACACAACAUGACAUCACAUCGCCACACUCCACCACCAUGAUAUCAUCUCCAUCAAUAUCAUCACAGACUGUUGAAAGCAUCACAUAUUCGGUCAGACCCAUGACCUACAAACCAACCGCCGAAACAGUUCUCCUACACAAGAAUGGCUCAGCGGUACAUGACUCCAACAGUCCUGAAGAGUUCGAGGCAUUCACCAAGCCACUAACACGAGCCACUAGCCCUAGACCUGAGUUCAGCACAUUCAGCUAUGUUUCUGGUACCGGGGAAAUACUACCAGACACACGUUGGACUACAAGAAACCCACAAAAGUCAACUGUUUGGGUAUCUGCCACCAAAUUCACAAGUGAUAAUUUUUCACAAAGUACCAAUGAAGUUCACUAUGAAUCUUCAAGCAGUCCUUUCAAAAAGCCAAUAAAUGAUGAUGAAGAGAACAUGAUUAGAAUACCGACAUUCUCAGUAAACAGUCAAGAUGUUGAGGAUGCUACGAAUGCAGCAUCCAUUAAUCAUAUUCUCAAUAUACUGAAUGAUACAGUACCUGUGAAGCCCCCAUCAAUCACUUCUCAUCAAUCAGCAGGGCUGUCAACUUGGGUAUCUGUGAACGGUAGACCUGAGAAGACAUCAACAGCUACAUACUACUCUCCCUCUUCCAAAGUCAACUUAACAACUGUACCAAGUGUGAAAUCGCCUUACUCGACAACAACAACUUCAUCCACCACUCAUUUCUACAGUCCCACAAGUUCAAGCUCAAUAUUCAAUAAAUCUCCUACAAAGCCUCUUUAUGCAACAUCAACAACAACCAAUUACUUUUACUAUGAUAAGAAAAAACCAGAGAGGCUUGGUUCUAGUACAACAACACAGAAAAUAGUAGGUCCGUCGUUUCAAGUGACACCUCAGGUGAAAAUCACUUCGAAACCUCCAGCUGCAGGGCAGCAGCAGCAGCAGCAGCAGCAGCAAGAGCCUGCACCCACAGUCAUUGUCCUUGGCCCACUUAACCCAGUCACAACAAAGAGGCCCCCUGUCACAGAAAGCACAACUACCACAAUUGUUAGUAUCAAACCACAAGUAACUGGUACUCUUAUUACAGUUAAACCACAGAGUACACCUGACCCUCACAAGCCACUUUACACACAGAUUAUCUUGCCCCGACCAGAUGUUGUGAUAACAACAUCAACAAAUGGUCAGAAACCAACUGAUGAUAUUUAUACAACAGCCAAACCAAAACCCAAACCAACACGACCCCGACCACCUGUGUCAGAAGCUGGAACAUACAUAACAGCAAAACCUCAGUUACCAGUUAACCAAAAGCCCUUGUUCCAGAGACCGGAUGCAUCAAGCACUCAGCAACCAAUUACAGGCUCAACUGAGCUACUAGUCGCUUUCCCACCUGUGCGUGACCCCAAUGUCAACCUUACUGCUGUUCAACAGGAUGAAAUAUUGCAAACCACUGUUGAUGAUCAAGAUGAUUCAACACCACAUUUCACUGUGGAUGAAAAUCUGGACGAUAAAGUGCAUGGGUUUGUAGAGAAAAUAGUGCAAUCACUGGAAGGUAAUUUUGUAGAUUUGGAAAAUGUUCUACUAGAUGGUCAAGCAAGACCCAACAUAACAGUUAGUCAAGAGCCAAUCAAAAGACCAGUGUCAACUUCAACAAUUAGACCCCUGGCACAAUCAACACCCACUAAAAGGCCUACAAAGCUUCCCAACCAGAGACCUACACCAGCAACUCUGCUAGGGUCCCGUCCAACAUCUAGCCAACGUCCAACUUCGGCAAGACCUACCCCCACUAGGCCCUCAUCGAGACCUACCACUGUUGCAGUCAUCACUAGACCUCCCCCAACAUCGUCAACAUUAUCAACCCCCAGACCAAAACCAAAGCCUCCCUCAACCACUGUCCUUCUCUUCCAACCAGGAUCCACUUCCACCACAACUACCAUUAACAAACCGUACAACAAAAGGCCGCCUGUCUCCAGUACCACGAUUCUUGUUGAUCACAUUGCCGUUGAUCAGUACUCAUCUUCUUCGACUCUCUCCUCAUCCUCUUAUGCUGCCUCAACCCAGACCACUACCAAUGAGCCCAUCAAAACUUCCACCGAGCUGGAUUACAGAAGAGAAUGUGGAGUGAGGCCGCUCAUGAAAAAUGGAAGAAUUGUUGGAGGGAAAGGAGCGACUUUCGGGGAAUGGCCCUGGCAAGUGUUAGUCCGAGAAGCGACUUGGCUCGGUCUUUUCACUAAAAAUAAGUGCGGAGGUGUACUUAUCACUAACAAAUAUGUUAUUACUGCCGCACAUUGUCAACCCGGGUUCCUAGCAUCCCUAGUAGCUGUUUUUGGUGAAUAUGAUAUCAGUGGAGAGUUUGAGUCGAAGCGUUCAGUAAGCAGAAACGUUCGCAGAGUUAUUGUCCAUCGGCAAUAUGAUCCGGCCACUUUUGAGAACGACAUUGCAUUAUUGGAAUUGGAAACUCCUGUGCAGUUUGACUCGCACAUCGUUCCUAUCUGUAUGCCACAGGAUGAUGAUGAUUUCACUGGCAGGAUGGCUACUGUCACGGGGUGGGGCCGACUCAAGUAUGGAGGUGGAGUUCCCAGCGUACUCCAAGAAGUGCAUGUCCCUGUUAUGGAGAAUGCAGUUUGCCAAGAAAUGUUCCAGACAGCCGGUCAUACCAAGAGUAUCCUUAACAGCUUCCUUUGCGCUGGGUAUGCAAAUGGACAGAGAGACUCUUGUGAGGGUGAUUCUGGAGGUCCUCUGAUGGUUGAAAGAGAAGACGGACAUUGGGUUCUUGCAGGAACCGUUUCGCAUGGUAUCAAGUGUGCAGCACCAUACUUGCCUGGAGUUUACAUGAGAACAACCUUCUAUAAGCCUUGGCUUCAGAGCAUCACUGGAGUUCGAAGUUUUUGAAGAAAUGGAUUAGUUUUCGAAUGCAAAAUCAAUAGAAGACGGGAAUGUAUUCAAACAUUCUAGUUAAUUGAAGAAACUGUUAAUUACGUCAGAGAAGAGAUGAAAGAAGCUGUUGAAUUUUCUUGUGAAUCAAAUUAAAUAUGCCCAACAGUA